AUGGAGACACUCGAAUGUUACAGGACGCCGCCAACCUCUCCUCAGCCAGUCGAAACAGAUGUGAUGAGAACUCGUUCGAAACGCGUUGCCAUCUCAUCUCCGUCCCGACCUUUGUCUCCACGAGACGUACCGCUUCCAAUUUCUCCUGUUCCAAGUUCGCCUUACCCGAGAGUCCUGUCACUAUCAGGCUCUUCCGUCUCAUCGAGACAAACGCGACCGUCAACGGACGGUCAGAUCACUCCAAGAGCAACGACUCCAGGCAGCCCGCCACAAAGGCCGCCGCGUCCGCCUACAUCUCUUCUCAACAUUCGACCCACUAUAAUCCUCGCACCACUACUCGUACCGUCCCUUCCGCCGGCUGACCGGCCAGUAUUUCUGAAAGGCAAGAAUUCCUUCUCCACUGGCUCGACGUCGCUCAGCAAUCCAGACCUCAGCAUCGGCACUUGCAGCACAUGGGAAGAGCAACCUUCCUCGGAUUUGACGCCACCGUCGCCAUUGUUCUCGCCCACCAGCAAGCAGCCCCAGUGCUCUUUCGUCAGUCCGGUCGAGCACAGGUCUGUCCUACACGAUAAGCGACGCCCAUCCUUGCCGACGCUACCGAAGGCCGUGAUCAAGUCUCAUCGAUACAACAGCCAUGCUCCGAUCUACUCGCACAAACACAGCAACAGCUACAGUCCCACCUCGGCCCGACACCCAUCAACCGGCAGCUCAGCCCAUCCCUCCACCGAGACACCUUCAGCCACCUCCUCGCCAUCGAGCUCACUAAUCCGCCUCUCCCCUCCUCAUCCACCAUCGCCAUCACCAUACCCACCGCCAACCUCGCCUCUGCCACUCCCUCCAUGCCCCUCACCCCUCGCCCAAACCCACCACUCCUACGUCCGAACACCGCACCACAUCAUUCGCCAUCAACGACAAAGGCCCGUGUCCCCCACGAAACGGGCCUCGAUCCGCCUCUGCGACCCCAACGACGACCUUGAAAUCACUCCCAUCCGAGACACAGACUACACCACCACUACCAGCUACCUCCAGCCCUCCGACCACGACAUCUUCCGUCCCAUGUCCCUUUCGCCGCCACCGCUUGCCUCGUUUCACUCGCCACUGUAUCCUGACCUGGGUUUCUCCCGCCAUCGCCACGCGAACAGCCAUCAUCAGUUUGAUGAAGAAGGACAUCCUGGUGAGAUGAUGGUGCCGGAUUGCGCCGACGAUUUCGAUCCGCUCCCUCAUCAGAACAGCAGCGGUGAAAGGCGACGGUGGCGGACACACAGACGACUAUGGAUGGUGGCAACGGUGUCACUGGUGGCAGUCUUAGUUGGUGGCAUCCUCUGUGGCGUGCUUUGGCGUCUGAGUCAAUGA